AUGAUACAUAUAUUCCCAGACAACCUCACUAUGUCGGCGAUCUUACAAUGGCUUCGCGACUCCGCCAUCCAAUUUGGUUUCAUGAAAAGGACUGCUAAAAUCAUUGUACUCGGUUUGGAUAACUCCGGAAAGAGUACCUUGCUCUAUAUGUUAAAGUAUCAUCGCAUUGCUCCACUGCAGCCGACGUUGUUCCCUUGCACGUCCGAAUUCACGUUUUCCAACAUCAACUACUACUCAUACGAUAUAAGUGGACUUGGGCAACCACGCCGUCUUUGGCGAGACUAUUACCAAGCAGCGCGUGACGGGGUCAUAUUCCUCGUCGAUAGCACAGGUAUCGAUCGUUUCGCGGAGGCCAGGGAAGAGCUCCGUGUCCUGCUUUCUGCUCAAGCGCUGUCGAACGUGCCUUUUCUUGUGCUUGGCACCAAGAUUGAUGCUCCUGGUGCGGUAAGCGAGUAUGAGCUGAGGCAACAGCUUAGAUUGGUUGAGACUACAGGCAAGGGGGUUGGAUUUCCCCCUGAUGGUACGAGACCAGUUGAGCUCUUCAUGUGUUCAACGGUGCAGAGGCGAGGGUAUGAAGAAGCAUUGCAGUGGUUCUCUCAACACGUACCGUAUUCAUAUCGUGCGGAUACAUAA